CCCUCCGUCCCCCAUACCACCACCACCUCCUCCUCCGAUCCCCACCGGCGCGCGCCACGCCGCCGCUGGUUCCUUGACGCCGGCAUUGAGGCCGUGGGCGCGUCAGCAUCAGAAACAGAAAGAAACACUGUUUUGAUGGUCGUCUGUUUAUUUCUCAGGGUUCAGCUCAAAUUAAGUGGUUCAUUUUUUAGGGCUUCCACAAUUUCGAUUUUCAAAGAUGACUUGCUGUUUUAUGUGUGGGACAGACAUGAAGCAAAAUAUUGAAGGUGAAGGAGUAAACAAGGUGAAGGUUUUUUCUUACAGUGAGAUGAGAAAAGCUACACAUGAUUUUAGUGGGGCAAAUAAGAUCGGUGAGGGCGGUUUUGGUUCUGUGUUCAGGGGAAGGCUUAAAGACGGAACAAUUGUCGCAGUAAAGGUGCUCUCUGCUAAUUCAAGGCAGGGUAUCCGAGAGUUUUUAGCUGAACUUACAGCAAUUUCCGAGAUCAUGCAUGAAAACCUAAUUACCUUGGUUGGUUGCUGUGCUGAAGGGUCUCAUAGGAUCCUUGUAUACAAUUAUCUUGAGAACAGCAGCCUUGCACAAACACUGCUAGGAUCAGGCCAUAGCAAUAUCCGAUUCAAUUGGAGAGCUCGCGUCAAAAUUGCUGUAGGUGUUGCUCGUGGGCUUGCUUAUCUUCAUGAAGUAAUCCGCCCCUCUAUAAUCCACCGGGACAUAAAAGCAAGCAAUAUUCUUCUUGACAAGGAUCUCACCCCAAAAAUUUCUGAUUUUGGGUUGGCAAGGCUCCUCCCGCCAAAUGCAACUCAUGUCAGCACUCAAGUUGCAGGAACAAUAGGAUACCUGGCUCCUGAAUAUGCAGUCAGAGGACAACUGACAAAGAAGUCAGAUAUCUAUAGUUUUGGUGUUUUGCUAUUGGAAAUUGUUAGUGGAAGAUGUAACCACAAUACUAGAUUGCCUUACGAAGACCAAUUUCUGCUUGAGAGGACAUGGACAAAUUAUGAGCACGGAAAACUAGAGGAGAUCAUAGACGUAGAUCUAGGGGACGACCUGGAUGUCGAGGAGGCAUGCCGGUUCUUGAAGGUUGGUCUACUAUGUACUCAAGAUGCGAUGAAACUGCGUCCCAACAUGACCACCGUCGUCCAAAUGCUGACUGGAGAGAAGGGUGUCUCUAUGGACAAGGUCACAAAACCAGCCGUGAUCAGUGACGUAGAGCUCAAGGCCAACAACCAGAAGACAGCAACCAAUGCUCACUGUACCAUGAUGAAAUCCUUCGCCACCACUGAUCCAUCCACCUCAUCAGAAGUGACUACUCAGUCAUGGUCAUCGCUGUGAAAACUACGUGUGCCAGAUAGAAAUAAUAGCAUGUGUUACGGUGAUCGGUAAAAUUGAUUAUACACAUACUUAUAAAAUAUGGAUACCUACUGUCUUAA